UCUGUUAUAUUAACAAUCGUUUUUAUUAUCCAUUUCAGAGAAAACUAUCAAACAGAUCAGAAAUGAUAUGAGAGAGAAAGAAUAUGCUAGGCGUAUGGAAGAAAUGGAGAAGAGGAUGAUAGAAGAGGAUGGAGAUAUUAGGCAAGGCUCUGAAGGAAGAAAAGAAUUAGUUGAAGAAGUUAAUGAAGAGCAAAGAGAACAUGCAGAAAGGAUGGAUAGUGAGGAGCAACGAAACGAAAUAGAAGAAAUAAGGGAAGUUUCUGAAGAUGAAAGAGAACAUGUAGAAAGGCUAUGCAGGGAAAUAGUCAAUGAAGACAUAAUGGAAGGAACUAGUGGAGAAGAAAUAACGGAAGGAAGGAGAGAACGGCAAAAAAUUAUAGGCCUACCCGACACGACGAUGUUACAAACCAUGAUACAGGAGGCAGUGCAGGCGGCGAUGAUUGGUUUCAAGCAAGUAAGUACAGGUUGACAUUAAUUAAAAAUAUUACUUUAAUUACGACUAUAAAUGUUUGAUUGUACUUUAGUAC